AAAAACCUUGUUUUUCUUGGUCAGGCCGGAAACUUAUCAAUCCACCCUCGUACAUGGCGGUUUCGUUAAUAUAAUUCCCGUUUUAAAUACGAAAAAGAGAUCAAAAUAUGUUCCUUUGCACAGAGGAAAUCAGAGAGGAGAAGGCCGAAUAACAAGGGUGAAAUGGCUUGAAAUAAACGGAGAGUCAAUGUUUAUCAUAAUGUCUGACGCAGGUUUACAAAUUUGCGACAGCGACGCAACUGAUAUACAAUAUUAUCAUUGCUGUAGAGAAAAUGGCCUGAAAACAAGCUACACAACUGACGCAUGUAUAGUGCAAGACGCUAUGCUAUGUGUGGCAACUAGUUCUGGAACGAUUUGGGUUUUUUUAUCAGCAUCAGACAACUUAAAUUUUAAAACAAUCAAUCGUUUGUAUGGUCAUGAGGACGAGAUUACAAUUUUAAGUGGUCAGAAUGAUUUAAUGGUAUCAACAUCAAGACAAGAUACAUACGUAUGGAAAAUAAAAAAUAAGGAUUUUAAAAUAUAUCAAAAACUUUGGGUUCCCGGAUUAUUGUCAUAUGCAACAACAGAAAUUUUAUUAAAUUAUUUGCUUAUAACUGCGUACGAAUCUGGAGAAUUUUGUAUUUACAAUUUAGAAUUGGAUGACAAUGAUGAUAAAAUGAUACGAGUAUUAGCUCAUAAACUUAAAAUAACUGCUUUAGACUAUUCCCAUCUCAAAAAUUUAAUCAUAACAGCAUCUGAGGAUAUGUACAUAAAAAUUUGGUACUUGACCAAAGAAGAAAAAGUUUUACAUAUGCAAUCUAUUUUCAAUGCUAAUGGGCCUUUAUAUGGAAUUGGAUUUUUAAAUUUGGCUUGUUCAGAGUUUUGUGUGAUCACAAAAGAUAGUAAUGACAUUAAAAUUUUUUAUUUACAAGAAAGAAAACAACUAGAACAAAACUUGGAGUUUCCUAUUUGUAAAUAAAAAAGAAUAAAAUUAACUAUUUAAAGUAUGACAGUAAAAUAUACAGCACUAAAGCUUGA